AUGAUAUACUUGGCGGAUUAUUUACCCCAAAAUCGGCAUGAAUUAUAUCGAUGGGCAAGUGGUCAAAGUUCAUUUGAUUGGACUCCGGUACUUAAAAAAAUUGCCACGGUAGAAGGUUCCGGUUGGUUGCAACUUAAAGAAAUGGAACAAUAUACUAAGUCAAAGAUUCGUUCAAUUUUUCAUUGUAAUUGCCACAAUAAACCAUCAAUAAAUGCUCCAAAAAUUCUCCAAAAUAAUUUCGAUAUAGUUUCAAGUAUUCUUUGCUUGGAAUAUUGUUGCAGUAAUGUGAUGGAAUAUAAAGAAGCGGUACGAAAUGUUGUGGAUCAAGUAAAACCUGGAGGUUGGUUUGUGAUGGGUGGUGUUUUCGAGGAAACAUGGUGUUCAUUUGGUGGACAUAAAUUUAUGUGUUUUUAUCUUACCGAAAAUUUAUUAUUUGAAGCAUUACGUGAAGCUAAUCUUUUAGUAGAUGAUAAGGAAUCAAGCAUUUAUUACUGUGCCCAGGGCAUUUUCCUUAUUUGUUGUAAGAAAAAAAUUUGA